CUGGUCAGAAUCAUCAUAUUCGGAGAUUUUUCGUUAACUCCGUCUAUGACGCUUUGUGACCAUGAUAAAGGCUGGUUUUUUGUAUAUGACGUAGGAAGUCUGGGCAUGUGUAUUUGGGAACAAGAUUAUGUUCCUGAAGUACCGGCAGUUCUCUUCAUCCCAGGUUCAAGAUCUACAGAAUACAUGAAUGAGAGAGGAAACCUGAAAGCAGAUUUCAUGACAAUAUCAGUCCAAUUUGGGUCAAAUUCGUCAUUGGCGCAAUGCAUCUUACCUGAAUCGACAUACUGCUGUCAGGACAAAGAGGAAACAACUUCCCAGGUCUCAGAUACGCAUAACACCGAUUAUACAACCGCACCGCCUUUACUUAAUAUGGACACACUCGCUAAAAAGGUCGAGGAAAUUAAACAGGAGCUUACGGUGGUCAAGAAGACAACUUCUACAUAUAAGCGAACAAAGACCAGCGCACAUGACGGCCGGAAAAGUUCCCAGAGCAUUGGUAUCGUUGGAGUUUUGAUGAUAAUUACAGUGUUACUACUGAUUGUAGUGCCAGAUAUGUUAGCUGUUGGUCGGAAACUGUACAAAAUGUGGCAACGGAUGUUGGGAUGAUAAAGACAGGGCGGCGUGUGACGAUGUACAAAAUUUGGUGUCAGUUAUGCUGCAAUGGUUUUGUGUGGUGAUGUACAAAAGGCGGUGAGGUGCUCAUGAUGUGAUGAAUCAACACAGGAUAGCAUUUGACUAUUUAAACAAGAAUGCCCCCUACCGGACCCCGGAUUGUAACAGUGACCUUGACGCAGAAACCCAGAAACUCGUACUGCAGUAAAAUAUCAACUUUCACCAACAUACCUCGAAGCAUGACUGAGAAAAGUACAGAAAACUGAGUGGACGGUCGGACGGAUGAGGAAGAAACAUAUAUACAUGUAUAAAUGUAGUCCCUCCAGUUUCACCGGUUGGGGACUAAAAAUGUGGUGACAUGUGCUGUGAUAAUUCCAGGCAGAAUGACGUGUGCGUGUGUGAUAACAUGCCGAGGACAGUACUAAACAUGGUCAUUGGAUUAGCCAGAGCUUUGCAAGCAAACAACAUAAUGCACCGAUUUGUUUGCUUGCAAAUCUCUGGCAUUCAAAUAGAUCAUAAAUACCAUACAAAAACA